AUGGCUUUCCAAUCUGGAACUUUAUUCGCAGUGCCAAGCACAAAUACGAAUCCUUAUAGCAAACUACAGGCGCGUACUUCUCUGCUAGGUGAGAAAUAUAACAAAGUUUUGGUUGCAAACCGAUCUGAAAUUGCGAUCCGAGUUUUCCGCACCGCUCAUGAAUUGUCAAUGCACACAGUUGCCAUCUACUCUCAUGAGGAUCGGCUGUCGAUGCACCGUCAAAAGGCCGAUGAAUCAUACCCAAUUGGUAAAAUUGGUCAGUAUACUCCGGUUGGUGCUUACUUAGCCAUUGAUGAAAUUAUAGAUAUUGCAAAGCGCACGGGUGCUAACCUUAUUCACCCUGGUUAUGGUUUCCUUUCAGAAAACGCUGAAUUUGCUCAAAAAGUUACUGAUGCCGGUAUGGCUUUUGUCGGUCCUCCAGCCAAUAUUAUAGAUAGUUUGGGUGAUAAGACCAAGGCCCGAGCCAUUGCAAUUCGUUGCGGCGUUCCUGUCGUUCCUGGUACCCCUGGUCCGGUUGAACGCUUUGAGGAUGCCGAAACCUUUGUCAAAGAACAUGGAUUACCGGUCAUCAUCAAGGCUGCCAUGGGUGGUGGUGGCCGUGGUAUGCGUGUCGUUCGUUCCCAAGAUGCCUUAAAGGAGUCUUUUGAACGUGCUCGUUCUGAGGCUUUAUCUUCCUUUGGUGAUGGUACUGUGUUUAUUGAACGCUUCUUAGACCGCCCUAAACACAUUGAAGUUCAGCUCUUAGCCGACCAGCAUGGCAAUGUGGUUCAUCUUCACGAACGUGAUUGCUCCGUACAACGCCGUCACCAAAAGGUUGUUGAAAUUGCUCCUGCCAAAGACUUAGAUCCUAAAAUUCGUCAAUCUCUUUACGAUGACGCUAUUAAGAUUGCUAAAGAAGUUAAGUAUUGCAAUGCAGGCACAGCUGAAUUUUUAAUUGAUCAAGAAGGACGUCAUUAUUUUAUUGAAAUCAAUCCACGUAUUCAAGUCGAGCACACAAUCACUGAAGAAAUUACUGGUGUUGACAUUGUCUCUGCUCAACUUCACAUUGCCGCCGGUUUCUCCCUUCCUGAAAUUGGCCUUACUCAAGACCAGAUUAGCUCUCGUGGCUUUGCCAUUCAAUGCCGUGUAACCACUGAAGAUCCGGACAAGGGUUUUGUCCCCGAUAUUGGUAAAAUUGAGGUAUACCGUACCGCUGGAGGUAAUGGUGUUCGUCUUGACGGUGCUAAUGGUUUCGCUGGUUCCGUCAUUACUCCCCAUUAUGAUUCCAUGUUGGUAAAGUGUACUUGUCGUGAUUCUUCUUAUGAGUUUACGAGACGUAAAAUGAUUCGCUCUUUAAUUGAAUUCCGUGUUCGUGGUGUGAAGACUAAUAUUAACUUCGUUUUACGCCUUCUCUCCCACGAAACUUUUAUUCGCGGUAACUGCUGGACAACUUUUAUUGACGAUACCCCUGAACUCUUCAAGUUAUAUCGCUCCCGUAACCGUGGUCAAAAGCUGCUUACAUAUCUGGGUGAUUUGGCCGUUAAUGGCAGCUCAAUCAAGGGCCAGAAUGGUGAACCUGCCUUGAAAUCUGAUGUUAUCAUGCCCAACUUACUUGGCUCUAAUGGCGAGCCUAUUGACGUUUACCAACCAUGUGAGAAAGGCUGGCGUAAUUUAUUGUUGGAGAAAGGUCCUGAAGCUUUUGCUAAGGCUGUUCGCAAUCAUAAGCCUGGCUUGAUCAUGGAUACUACCUGGCGUGAUGCUCAUCAAUCUCUUUUGGCUACUCGUGUCCGUACCAUUGAUCUCGUUAAUAUCGCUCCUUUGACUAGCCAUGCACUUGCUAAUGCUUAUUCUUUAGAAAUGUGGGGUGGUGCUACUUUUGAUGUUUCCAUGCGCUUCCUUUACGAAUGUCCUUGGGAUAGACUUCGUAGACUUCGUAGGUUAGUACCGAACAUUCCUUUCCAGAUGCUGCUUCGAGGUGCAAACGGCUUAUGUUAUUCUAGCUUGCCUGAUAAUGUUAUUUAUUUCUUCUGUGAGCAAGCCAAGAAGAAUGGUAUUGAUAUCUUCCGUGUCUUUGAUUCUUUGAAUGACAUCAAUAACCUUUCUCUCGGUGUUGAUGCCGCUAAGAAAGCUGGUGGUGUUGUUGAAGCUACUAUGUGUUACUCUGGUGACAUGCUAAAAAAGAAGAAAUAUAAUUUAGAUUAUUACAUAGGAUUUGUUGAUAAGAUGGUUAACUUAGGCAUUCAUAUCCUUGGUAUUAAGGAUAUGGCUGGUGUUUUGAAGCCUAAAGCUGCUAACAUUUUGAUUGGUGGUAUUCGUGAGAAGUAUCCUGACUUACCAAUUCAUAUUCACAGUCACGAUUCUGCCGGUACUGCCGUUGCUUCAAUGACUUCUGCUUUGGAAGCUGGUGCUGAUGUCGUCGAUGUUGCUACUGAUAGUAUGUCUGGGCUUACCUCCCAACCUAGUCUGGGUGCCGUUUUAGCCUCAGUGGAUGGUACUGAUAGACAGCUUGAAUUCGACAACAAUCAAUUACGUGAGAUUGACAAUUACUGGAGUCAAAUACGCUUAUUGUACUCUCCCUUCGAAGCCGAACUAAAGAGUGCUGAUUCUGAUGUAUACAAUCAUGAAAUUCCUGGUGGUCAACUUACUAACCUCAAAUUCCAAGCAAGCUCAUUGGGAUUGGGAGCCCAAUGGUUUGAAACUAAGAAGGCUUACAUUGAAGCCAACAAUCUUUUGGGUGACAUCAUUAAGGUUACUCCAACUUCCAAGGUCGUUGGUGACUUGGCUCAAUUUAUGGUCCAAAACAAACUUUCUGCGAAAGAUGUUGAGGAAAGAGCUGCUUCUCUCGACUUCCCCGCAUCUGUUCUUGAUUUCUUCCAAGGCUUGAUGGGUCAACCCUACGGUGGAUUUCCAGAGCCUUUGCGUACAAAUGUCCUGAAGGGACGUCGUCAACCUUUGUCUGAUCGUCCAGGUAAAUUCUUGCCUCCUGCUGACUUUGAUGCUAUUCGUAACUUUCUGUCUGAGAAAUUUGGCGAUGUUACGGAUGCAGACGUUGCGUCUUUCACCCAAUUUCCCGGUGUGUAUGAGGAUUACCGCCAAUUUGUUGACCGUUACGGUGACUUGACUAAUAUUCCUACUCGGUUCUUCUUAUCUAAGCCACAGAUGAACGAAGAAAUGCAUGUGGAAAUUGAGAAGGCCCUUGGACCCCUCAACUCUCGUACUGGACAACGCGAGGUUUACUUUGAGUUGAAUGGUGAAAAUCGUCACGUUAUCAUUGAAGAUAAGAAGGCUGCCACAGAGACAGUCACUCGUGCUCGCGCUGAUCCUAGUAACCCCGGACACGUUGCUGCUCCUAUGAGUGGUGCCAUUGUCGAGAUUCGUGUUAAGGAAGGCUCCGAGGUGAAGAAGGGUGAUAUUAUUGCUGUCUUGAGCGCAAUGAAGAUGGAAAUUGUUAUUAGUGCUCCUCACAGUGGUGUCGUAAAACAGCUGUUGAUGCAACAAGGUGAUUCUGUGAAUGGUGGUGACCUUUGUGCGGUUUUAGAAAAGCCAUAA